GUGUUAGUGUGGGCGCCAGGCUGCAUGCUAGAUCUACUUCCGGUUCCGUCGUAACGUUGGGACUCCGUUAUUCCCGGUUCUUGGUACUGAAAAGAGUUGGGUGGAAAUCUAACCAGCCCACGGUUUAUUGAUAGCCGGUGCAGCUCUUCCCGCUGGUAAUCAUGUCCCUCUCCAAGCGGGAGCUGGAAGAUCUAAAGCCAUGGAUUGAGAAAACCGUAAAGGGAGUCCUGGGUUUCUCUGAGCCUACGGUGGUCACCACAGCCCUGAACUGCCUCGGAAAAGGAAUGGAUAAGAAGAAAGCUGCCGACCAUUUGAAGCCGUUCCUGAAUGACUCCACGUCACGAUUUGUUGAAAAGCUUUACGAUGCCGUGAAGGAGAGCCGCGGUUCAAGACACUCAAGGUCAAGUAGCGACAGGAGUAGUGACCGAAGCAGAAAGCGUGAGCUCAAGGAAGUGUUCGGGGAAGACCCAGAUCACUCCAAAGAUUCCAGUUCCAAGAAGAAGCGGGUUCCUCGGUUUGAGGAAGUAGAGGAAGAGCCUGAAGUGAUUCCUGGUCCUCCCUCGGAGAGUCCUGGCAUGCUGACCAAGAUGCAGAUUAAGCAGAUGAUGGAAGCUGCGACAAAGCAGAUUGAGGAGAGGAAGAAGCAGCUCAGUUUUGUCAGUCCUCCCCCUGUGGCAAAAGUUCCAGGUGCGCAGCAAGACCGGUCCCUGAUCGGGAACACAAUCCAGCCAUCUCAAGCUGCGAGCUUCAUGAAUGACGCCAUUGAGAAGGCCAGGAAGGCAGCUGAGUUACAAGCGCGAAUCCAAGCGCAACUGGCUCUGAAACCCGGUCUCAUCGGAACCACCAACAUGGUUGGCCUCGCCAAUCUGCAUGCCAUGGGAAUCGCCCCUCCAAAAGUGGAAUUAAGGGACCAGUCCAAACCCACCCCCCUAAUCUUGGAUGACCAAGGUCGGACAGUAGAUGCAACAGGGAAGGAGAUAGAGUUGACCCAUCGUAUGCCUACUUUGAAGGCCAACAUCAGAGCUGUAAAGCGGGAGCAGUUCAAACAGCAGCUGAAAGAAAAGCCGUCCGAUGACCUGGAGUCAAACACCUUCUUUGACCCCCGUGUUACCAUCAACUCAGCGCAGCGCCAGAAACGGGGAUUCAAGUUUCAUGAAAAGGGCAAAUUUGAGAAGAUUGCUCAGCGGCUGCGGACAAAGUCUCAACUGGAGAAACUACAGUCUGAAAUCGCACAAGCAGCCAAGAAAACCGGCAUCCAGACGUCGACCAGACUGGCUCUUAUCGCCCCUAAAAAAGAGGUUAAGGAAGGAGAGAUCCCAGAGAUUGAGUGGUGGGAUUCCUUUAUCAUCCCCAACGGCACCGAACUAACGGUGGAAGCCUUAUUGAAACGAGAGGAGUUUUACGGUAUCACAAACCUUGUGGAGCACCCGGCGCAGCUCAGCCCUCCAGUUGACAAAGAUGCCCCCGUAACUCUGGGGAUUUACCUCACCAAGAAAGAGCAGAAAAAGCUCCGGCGUCAGACGAGACGGGAGACUCAGAAAGAGCUCCAGGAGAAAGUGCGCUUGGGGCUAAUGCCUCCACCUGAACCCAAAGUUCGGAUAUCAAAUUUAAUGAGAGUUCUGGGAACAGAGGCAGUCCAGGACCCAACAAAGGUAGAAGCCCACGUGCGAGCCCAAAUGGCCAAAAGACAGAAAGCUCAUGAAGAAGCGAACGCAGCGAGGAAACUAACAGCGGAACAGAGAAAAGAGAAAAAAGUUAAAAAGCUGAAGGAAGAUACGUCGCAAGGUGUCCACGUAGCUGUAUAUAGUAUCAGGAAUUUAAGUAACCCAUCCAAAAAGUUCAAGAUCGAAGCCAACGCAGGCCAGCUGUAUCUCACAGGAGUUGUCAUUCUACACAAAGAUGUCAACGUCGUCGUGGUAGAAGGAGGACCCAAAGCACAGAAGAAAUUCAAGCGGCUGAUGCUUAGCAGAAUAAAAUGGGACGAGCAGACGACCAACACCAAGGGAAAUGAUGAUGAUGAAUCGGACGAAGAAUCGGUUAAAAAGUCAAACAGAUGUUUGUUAGUCUGGGAGGGCACGGUCAAAGAACGCAGUUUCGGUGAAAUGAAAUUCAAACAGUGUCCGACCGAGAACAUGGCGCGGGAACAUUUUAAGAAGAACGGAGCAGAACAUUAUUGGGACCUGGCGCUAAGCCAGUCUGUAUUGGAGCCUACAGACUGAGUCCUCCCCGGGCCCUACGGCGAGGAUCACCGUUACCCAUGCUGCACCACUCGUCGCCAAGAGACAAUCUCUGAACACGUCUCUUAUCCUGCGAGACGCCCGGAGCAUCCUUCUCUUCCAGCAAAACUCGCCCUUUAAAUAAUUCUGCGGUUUGGAUAUUACAUUCGUCGCCCCAUUAUCUUGAACGAUAGCUGCAGACUGGCUCGCUGUUCCUUGAUGCCUACUCCAGAAUUCUCUGUAGAAAAUAUACAAAUGUAAAAC